GAGAGAGAGAGAACACAACGAUACAGAAGAGAAGCGAAGGUCGCAAAGAGAGACGAAAACACGCGGCGGCGUUGAUUUCCCGGCGAAAGGGGAACAAACAGAUUGAGAUUCAGCGAAAGCGUUCUAGGGUUUCCUUCUCGAUUCGCCUUCUUUGACCUCUCGAUCUAUUCUCUUCAUUCUUCUCACCUUCAUCCAUCAUCCCUCCCAUCUCCAUUCUAGGGUUUCUUGAUCCGUCUUGCUACGUUCCUUACCCUCUCGGUUGUUGAGUGCGACGAACUUUGGCGGAGGAUGAGCCCCGGAGGAGGGGAGGCUUAAGGAAUCAGCUUUUGGGUAGAGGAAAAAUUGUGGAGGGGUUUCCAUGAGCGAUGGGGGUGUCGCAUGCAUGCCUCUACUGAAUAUCAUGGAGAAGCUUCCAACUGUGGAGAAGACGCUUUGUGGAGGCAACAAUGAUCUCAAGAUUGCUGCUACUUCGGAGAAUGGUCUUACAUCAAUCUCAACUACUAAUGAUAAGCUCACGGAGUCUCAGUCAGCAGCUACCUCUCAACCAGCUAAGAAGAAGAAGAAAAUUGUUAAGAAGGUAAUUCGUAAAGUUCUCGUGAGAAAGCCUAAGCAGCCUCAGAAACAAGAAGAGGAGAAGCCAAAAGACAAGAUUUUGCAACUCCCUGGAGAAUCACAGGUCCAGACGAAAGAGCAGGAGAAGAAGAAGAGUGUGCCUGUGCAGAGGAAAGAAGGAGAUACUAGUAAUGGACAACUCGAAAACUCUGGAGAUUCUGGGCUUAAAGAUGAAGUGGAAGAGGGUGAGUUAGGUACAAUGAAUUCUCAUGGGGUUUUGGAGAACGGUGAAAUUUCUCCAGUGAAGUCAUUGCAGAGUUGUGAGAUCGAAAAGGGCGAGAUUUCUGGGGAGAGUUGGAAGAAAAAUGAGACUGGGAAGGCGAAGUUCAGUUACAUGCAGUAUGAUGAUAAAGGGCACGUCGAGAGAGGGGAUUUACCUUCAGAUAAGUACAGGAAAGGGGAAGAGAGAGACGUCAGGUCAUGGAGAGAUCCCAAUGAUGAAAUUGAGAAGGGGGAGUUCAUCCCAGACAGAUGGCCUAAAAUGGAUACAGUAAAGGAUGAUCAUAGUUACAACCGGUCUCGUAGGUAUGGAUCAGACAGAGAGAAAACGUGGAGAUACGAGUAUGAUUAUGAACAUGAACGUACCCCGCCUGGUGGAAGGUUUGUUAAUGAGGAUUUCUAUCGCCGGAGAGAAUUCCGAAGUGGGAAUGACAGGGCUACGAGGAUCAGUUCUAAAAUUGUAAUAGAAGAUCAUUUGCAUAAGGACGAAUACAACGAUCCCAAUAGUCUUGGGAAAGAGUAUUCUUCUACUGUGAACAAGUUGAAGCGACAUGGAGCUGAACCGGAUAGCUUUGAGCGCAAACACUCUUAUGAUGAUUAUGGAGAUUAUGGGAGCUCCAAAUAUAGAAAAAUUUCUGAUGAUUAUUCCCGCUCUCUUCACUCAGACCACUAUUCACGUCACUCUGUUGAGAGACUGUACAAAGAUUCAUAUUCAUCAAAAACUUCACCUCUGGAAAAAUAUUCUAGAAAGCACCAAGACUCAUCUUUCCCUGCAAGGUCUUUUUCAGACAGACAUGGAAACAGCCCUGCACGAUCUGACCUUUCCCCACAUGACCGGUCUAGGUACCAUGAACACAGGGAUAGAAGUCCACUCCUUCGGGAGAGGUCGCCAUAUGCCCGGGAGAGAUCGCCGUACAUAUUUGAGAAGUCUUCACAUGCUCGUAAAAGGUCUCCACAUGACCGCAGCAAUCACCAUGAUUAUAGAAGAAGUCCAAGUUACUCUGAGUGGUCUAGUGAUCGUAGGGAUGGUACUUCUAACUAUAGGGAAGAUCCCCAGAGCGAUCGUAACAGACGUAAUGGCCACAGAGAAAUAAGCAGAAAAAGUGGAGUAAGGGAGAGGAGGGAUUCUCAGACUGGCAUGGAGCUCGAGCAUAAGUACAGACAUAGAGAUUCUAAUGGAAAAGAGUCGACUUCAUCAAGCAGAGCAUUGCAAGGUAAAAACAUUUUGUACAACAACGAUCCGGUGGUUGAAAAAAAUUCUAUUUGCGAUGAUUCAUCCAAGCUCCCAAGUCCGUGUGCAAAGGGAAGCGAGUCUGUGCAAGUUGCUGAAGCUCCUACCGAAGAGUUGCCAUCAAUGGAGGUAGAUAUGGACAUUUGUGAUACACCACCUCAUGAGCCUGCAAAGGGAAAAGAGUCUGUGGCGGCUGAUUCAUUUUUGGGGAAGUGGUUUUAUCUUGAUUACUAUGGCAUGGAAAAUGGGCCUGCAAAGUUAUCCGAGCUUAAAGCUCUUAUGGAGCAAGGUUUUCUUUUCCCUGACCAUAUGAUUAGACAUUCAGAUAACAAUAGGUGGGUCACUAUUGAAAAUGCAACAUCUCCUAGGGUCAGCAUAAAUUUUCCAUCGGUCGUGUCAGAUGCAGUGACACGGCUCGUCAAUCCUCCUGAAGCGCCUGGUAAUUUAUUAGAAGACCUUGUAGAUGCUGCCGAAGCAGUUCCUAAGGACCAAGAAGCUGGACAUUCCUUACCUGAAUCAAUGUCUAUACCAGAUACUAAGGAAAUUUUAGUAGGACAUCAUGAAGAUUUUCAGUUUGAUAGAAGGAUCGCUAGUCUCGUAGAGGGUUGUACUAUCACCCCUGGCAGGGAACUUGAAACACUUGGAGAAGCUAUGCAGAUUAAAGUUGAGCUUGAAGAGACGAGAAGAUCUCUGAGUCCUGAAGAUAUCACGUGGUGCUAUUAUCAAGUGGUAGAUCAGUUGCUAGGGAAUGAGUCGUCCGGGCGUUCGGAGCCCAAGACAGGGGAUAUCCAAGAAUCGAAGUCAGAAAAUGUUGAUGGUUCUGAGAGCGAUGAGUUAGGCAGCUGGUUUUCAGGUCGUUGGUCUUGCAAAGGAGGGGACUGGAUACGAUGCGAAGAAACUUCUCAAGACACAUAUUACAAAAAGAAAUUGGUUCUGAAUGAUGGUUUCCCAUUAUGCCUGAUGCAGAAGUCUGGUGAUGAGGAUCCUCGAAGGCAUCACAAUGAUGAUUUGUAUUAUCCUUGUAGCAGCUCUAAGCUGGAACUUCCCCUGUGGGCUUUUUCUGGUGUAGAUGAGAGAAAUCAGGCGAGGGGAGUCAAAGCUAGUGUGCUGUCUGUAGUUAGGCUUAACUCAUUGGUCGUAAAUGAUCAAGUUCAGUCGGUUCCUGAUCCCCGUGUAAAAGUUCGUGGUAGGGAAAGCUGCUCUUCAAGGCAUGCUCGUCCAUCCCCUGCAUCUAGUGAUUCCAAGUGGGAAUCAGUCGAAACUAAAUCUCAAUCAUCUUGCGGUAGUCAAGAUUUGCAGGGGUCUUGGAGAACAGGCGCAUCUGUUAAUACCCCUAGAGAUCGUCUGUACACAGUCGAUGAUUUGCAAUUGCAUUUGGGUGAUUGGUUCUACAUGGAUGGGGCUGGGCAAGAACAAGGACCUCUGCCAUUUUCAGAGCUCCAUAUAUUGAUUGAUAAAGGCUUAAUAAAGAGCCAUAGUAGUGUCUUCAGGAAAUCUGAUAAAAUUUGGGUACCUGUUACUUCUAUCACAAAAGCUCUUGAAAACAAUGCCAAGCUUCAGGGAAAGAAACCAACUCAGCCUUCAAAUCGUCAAAGCCUUGUUGUCUCAGAGUCACAGGAUUUCAAGCAUUCUGAGGACACAAGUCUAAGCUCGUUCCAUAGUAUGCACCCUCAGUAUGUUGGUUAUUUCCGUGGGAAACUCCAUCAAUUGGUUAUGAAAACAUUCAAGAGUCGGGAGUUUUCUGCUGCCAUAAACGAUGUUGUAGACUCUUGGAUCCAUGCAAGACAUCCAAAGAAAGAGACUGACAAGUACAUGUACCACUCUUCAGGAUUUGAUUCAUCCUAUUCAAAAAGAGCUCGAUUGAUGGCUGGUGAAAGUGGGGGCCAUUCUGAAGUGGAUAAUGUGUUUCAUAAGGAUGAGUUAGCAUUUGAGGAUUUAUGUGGGGACGCUACCUUCCAUGUAGAAAGAAGUGGAUCUUCUCGCACCGUGGGGAUUCACUGGGAUCUGUUAGAUGGUCAUGCGUUAGCUCGGGUGUUUCAUUUGUUGAGAUAUGAUGUAAAAUCACUUGCAUUUGCGUCCAUGACCUGUAGAAAUUGGAAAACCACUGUUAGUUCAUACAAGGAGAUUUCAAGACAAGUUGACUUAUCUUCUUUGGGUCCAAACUGCACAGAUUCUAGGCUCUGGAGUAUCAUGAACACUUACAACACGCAGAAGAUAAACUCUAUCAUUCUGGUUGGAUGUACAAAUGUGACUUCCAGUAUGCUUGAGGAAAUUCUUCGUUUCUUUCCCCAUAUAUCUUCUGUAAACAUAACAGGCUGUUCUCAGUUUGGAGAUUUGACAUUGAGCUAUAAAAAAGUAAGUUGGCUCAAAUUUCAGCAUCCUCGAUCAGGUGAAUUGCAUUCCAAGUUAAGGAGUUUGAAACAGACUACAGAUGUUGCUAAGUCUAAGGGCUUAGCAGGCGAUACAGAUGAUUUUGGUAACCUUAAGGAUUACUUUGAUCGAGUGGAAAAGCGAGAUUCAGCCAAUCAGUUAUUCCGAAGAAGCUUAUACAAACGCUCAAAAUUGUAUGAUGCAAGGAAAUCCUCAGCAAUUCUAUCCAGGGAUGCUCGUAUUCGGCGAUGGGCGGUUAAAAAGUCAGAACAUGGCUAUAAGCGAGUGGAGGAAUUCCUUGCUUCAAGCCUUAGGGGCAUCAUGAAGCAGAAUACGUUUGACUUCUUCACUUUAAAGGUUGCUCAAAUAGAGGAAAAAAUGAAAAACGGUUACUACGUUAGUCAUGGUUUGAAAUCUGUCAAAGAGGAUAUCAGCCGGAUGUGCAGGGAAGCAAUUAAAGGGAGGAACCGGGGAGGUUCCAAAGACAUGAACCGAAUCAUCGUACCAUUUAUUCAACUUGCCACACGUUUAGAAGAGGUCUCUAUGGUUACUUCUUCAUAUAAAAGAGAUGAAUUAAUGAAAUCCUGGCAAGAUGGCUCAGGGUUCCCAUCAGCCUCUAAGUACAAUAAGAAGUUUAGCAAAUCAGUAACUGAAAAGAAGUACAUGAGCAGGACUAGUGACACAGUUGGUGUAAAUGGUGCGUUGGACUACGGAGAAUAUGCAUCUGACCGAGAAAUCAAAAGGCGUUUGUCUAAACUGAAUCGUAAAUCAUUUGGUUCGGGAAGUGAAACAUCUUCCGAGCUAUCUGACAAUGACAGUUAUAGCUCAGCCUCAGCUUCAGAAAGUGAAUCGGAUAUCCGUUCAGAAGGUCGAUCACAGGACUCACGUGUCGAAAAAUACUUCACAGCCGACGAGUCCUUUGAUUCUGUGGUCGAAGAGCGAGAAUGGGGUGCACGUAUGACCAAAGCUGGUCUUGUGCCACCUGUCACUAGGAAAUAUGAAGUGAUUGAAGAGUACACAAUUGUCGCCGAUGAGGAGGAGGUUGAACGAAAGAUGCGGGUUUCUUUGCCAGAAGACUAUACUGAGAAGCUUAAUGCACAAAAAAAUGGUACUGAAGAGUUGGAUAUGGAACUUCCUGAAGUCAAGGAGUAUAAACCAAGAAAGCUUCUUGGCAACGAGGUUUUAGAGCAAGAGGUUUAUGGAAUCGAUCCUUACACUCAUAACCUCUUACUUGAUUCAAUGCCAGAAUUGGACUGGUCACUGCAGGAUAAACAUUCGUUUAUAGAAGAUGUAGUCUUACGUACCCUGAACAGGCAAGCUAGGUUGUUCACUGGAUCUGGGAACACCCCCAUGGUAUUCCCUUUAAGGCCUGUGAUUGAAGAGCUCAAAGAGAAUGCUCGUGAAGAGUGUGAUAUACAAACAAUGAGGAUGUGUCAAGGCAUCUUAAAGGCUAUAGAAAGUCGUUCUGAUGAUAACUAUGUGUCUUAUCGGAAGGGCCUCGGUGUUGUGUGCAACAAACAAAGUGGUUUUGUAAAAGAAGAUUUUGUUGUUGAAUUUCUUGGAGAGGUUUAUCCUGUAUGGAAGUGGUUUGAGAAGCAAGAUGGAAUUCGUUCCUUACAGGAAAACAAAACCGAUCCAGCACCAGAGUUUUACAAUAUAUAUCUUGAGAGACCAAAGGGUGAUGCUGAUGGAUAUGAUUUAGUUGUUGUUGAUGCCAUGCACAAGGCUAAUUAUGCUAGUCGGAUAUGUCACUCUUGCCGACCGAACUGUGAAGCUAAGGUUACUGCGGUGGAUGGACAUUACCAGAUUGGCAUCUAUUCAGUACGUCCUAUUGAGUAUGGCGAAGAGAUAACUUUUGAUUAUAAUUCUGUAACUGAGAGUAAGGAAGAAUAUGAAGCGUCUGUUUGCUUGUGUGGUAGCCAAGUAUGCCGAGGCAGCUACUUGAAUCUCACCGGUGAAGGUGCAUUUCAGAAGGUGUUGAAGGAAUGGCAUGGUCUGCUGGAUAGACACAAGCUGAUGCUAGAAGCGUGUAUGCUAAAUUCAGUUUCAGAAGAAGAUUAUCUUGAGUUGGGAAGAGCUGGACUGGGAAGUUGUUUGCUUGGUGGGCUGCCAGAUUGGGUGAUUGCGUAUUCUGCUCGUCUGGUGCGGUUCAUCAAUUUCGAGAGAACUAAGCUUCCAGAGGAAAUUCUUAAGCAUAAUAUGGAAGAAAAGAGAAAAUAUUUCUCAGACGUACACCUUGAUGUUGAGAAAAGUGAUGCUGAGGUUCAGGCUGAGGGUGUCUACAAUCAGAGGCUUCAGAAUUUGGCUGUCACACUUGACAAGGUAAGAUAUGUUAUGAGACGCGUGUAUGGGGAUCCAAAGAACGCUCCUCCUCCGCUGGAGAGGCUUAAUCCUGAAGAAACAGUCUCUUUUUUAUGGAACGGGGAUGGCUCGUUAGUUGAGGAGAUGCUUCAGUGCCUGUCACCUCACGUGGAAGAAGGCAUUGUUGAUGAACUUAGGUACAAGAUUCGUGCCCAUGAUCCAUCUGGAUCUGUAGAUGUCCUUGAGGAGCUUCAGAGAUCAUUACUUUGGUUGAGAGAUGAGAUCCGAGAUCUACCUUGUACAUACAAGUGUCGGAAUGAUGCUGCAGCUGAUUUAAUACACAUAUAUGCCUAUACGAAGUGUUUUUUCAAAGUUCGGGAAUAUAAGUCCUUUGUCUCUUCUCCUGUGCAUAUUAGCCCUUUAGAUCUGGGGGCCAAGUAUGCGGAUAAGUUAGGUGACAGCAUAAAGGAGUACCGGAAAACUUACGGCGAGAACUAUUGUCUUGGGCAGCUAAUUUACUGGUAUGAGCAGACAAAUACUGAUCCGGAUCUCACAUUGGUGAAAGCAACCAGAGGCUGCUUGUCUUUGCCCGACGUUGCUUCCUUUUAUGCAAAGGCCCAGAAACCAUCAAAGCAUCGUGUUUAUGGCCCAAAGACGGUUAAAACCAUGGUUUCACAGAUGGUAAAGCAACCUCAAAAACCGUGGGCAAAGGAUAAAAUAUGGAUGUUCAAAAGCACCCCGGGAGUAUUUGGAAGCCCGAUGUUCGAUGCUGUCCUCAACGAUUCGUCACUAGAUAGAGAACUGUUGCAGUGGCUAAGAAGCAGACGGCAUGUUUUUCAAGCGACAUGGGAUAGUUAGGUGAAAGCUAAAAAGAACACCUUUAUAUUAUUCAGAAGGGUUCCCUUUUUUUGGGAAGGGGUUAGAGGCAACAUCCAGUUACUAAAAAUAGUCUCUUAUCGAUAUGACCAAAGCAACAGCAAGUGCCAUACGCAGCAAAGAGGCUCAAGCAGCAGCGCUUUCCCGUCAAAUUCUUAUUGUAUAGCUUUUGCCACACAUAUAUAUGAUUUUGGAAAAUGACAAUAACUUUGGGUUAGGACCAUUGUUAGAUUAGGCUCACAUAAUUUUCAGAGAAGAGAAUCAUUUGACUAGUUUGUAUCUCUUCUUCUUUUUUUUUGGGUUACCUUAGUAAUAAUAGCUCUCUUGUUCUUUUGUUCCUAAAUCU